GUCCCCUUUCACAUUUUGCUAAUAGUAGUAAGAUAUAGGAGAUGAUGAAAUAUUGGCAACUAGUUAAUUGCGUUUGAGUCCCCAAUUUAGGUUAAUUUUUAGUUUUAGUCCUUGUAGAAUAAGGAGAGACUGGAAUCGAUAAAGUUGUAGUGAUAGUUGUGUAAGAAAAGGAGAAGAAAUGGAAGAGGACGGUGAGAUGUACGACGGUGCAAGAGCUGAAUUCCCUCUUUCCUUUGGAAAACAAUCCAAAUCUCAAACUCCUCUCGAAACCAUUCACAACGCCACUCGUCGUUCCGUUCCCAAUUCCAAAACCGCCAACGAUUUUCCUUCCAUCUCUUCCUCUUCCAAACAAUGGCUUCAAUCCGUUCGUUCUUCCAAAAACCCUACCCUUCCUCCUCCACCACCGUCUCCUCCACUUCACGAUGAGGCGCCCCUCGUCGGACCCCCUCCACCGCCACCGCAUAAUGAGGAGGAAGAGGAGGAGGAUGACGGUGACAUGAUUGGCCCGCCCCCGCCGCCACCUGGUUCCAAUCUGGACGAUUCCGACUCCGACGAGGAUUCGGAUCAAGACCAACUCGGUAACCAGUUUCGUAUUCCGCUUAGCAACGAGAUUGUACUCAAAGGCCAUACAAAGGUUGUAUCAGCUCUUGCUGUGGAUCACUCUGGAUCCAGAGUACUAUCUGGAAGCUAUGACUACAUGGUUCGUAUGUAUGACUUUCAAGGAAUGAGUUCCCGCUUGCAAUCGUUUCGACAACUCGAGCCGUCUGAAGGGCAUCAAAUUCGCAAUUUAAGCUGGAGUCCAACUGCUGACCGUUUUCUGUGUGUGACCGGUUCGGCUCAAGCUAAGAUUUAUGAUCGCGAUGGCCUCACUUUGGGCGAGUUUAUAAAGGGAGACAUGUAUAUUCGUGAUCUAAAGAAUACCAAGGGUCAUAUAACUGGGUUGACAUGUGGAGAGUGGCACCCAAGAAAUAAGGAGACUAUUUUAACAUCAUCAGAGGAUGGGUCGCUCCGCAUAUGGGAUGUGAAUGACUUCACAAGUCAGAAGCAGGUCAUUAAACCAAAACUUGCGAGACCUGGAAGAGUUCCUGUCACCACAUGCGCAUGGGAUCAUGAUGGCAAAUGCAUUGGUGGUGGUAUAGGAGAUGGUUCUAUACAGAUUUGGAGUAUUAAACCUGGAUGGGGGAGUAGGCCGGAUAUACAUAUUGAAAAAUGUCACGAGGACGAUAUUACUAGUCUGAAAUUUUCUACUGAUGGGAGAAUCUUAUUGUCAAGGAGCUUUGAUGAUUCAUUGAAGGUUUGGGAUCUGCGCAAAACAAAAGAAGCAUUGAAGGUAUUUAAAGAACUGCCAAAUCACUAUGGACAAACAAAUGUUGGCUUCAGUCCUGAUGAGCAACUAUUUUUUACUGGAACAUCUUUAGAAAGGGAUAGCUCAACAGGAGGUUUAUUAUGCUUCUUUGAUAGAGUAAAUCUUGAACUUGUUUCAAAAGUUGGCAUAUCCCCCACUUCCAGUGUUGUUCAGUGUUCUUGGCAUCCUAAACUGAAUCAGAUCUUCGCAACCGUUGGCGAUAAAAGCCAAGGAGGGACUCACAUACUAUAUGAUCCAACCAUCAGUGAGAGAGGAGCUCUUGUUUGUGUUGCUCGUGCACCAAGGAAAAAAUCUAUUGAUGACUUUGAGGCAAAUCCUGUCAUUCACAACCCUCAUGCUUUACCUCUAUUUAGAGAUCAGCCAAGUCGCAAGCGUCAGCGAGAGAAGGUAUUAAAGGAUCCAUUGAAGUCACAUAAGCCUGAACUACCCAUGACAGGACCUGGCUUUGGUGGACGAGUUGGUACAAGUCAAGGAAGCUUACUGACUCAGUAUCUUCUAAAGAAAGGGGGUUUGAUUAAGGAGACAUGGAUGGAUGAAGAUCCAAGGGAAGCUAUCCUAAAAUAUGCUGAUGUUGCAGCAAAGGAGCCAAAGUUCAUAGCUCCAGCAUAUGCCGAAACUCAACCUGAGCCAUUGUUUGCAAAGUCCGAUUCUGAGGAUGAAGAGAAAUGAGUUAUGCAAUUACUAUUUCUGGUUCUAUAGAUGGUCAAUGCAGAAUGAACAGCCCCAGACAAGAGUGACUCAGAACUCAGUAGUGGUUACUUGUUCCAAGUCCAACAUGUAAAGUCGAGUGUUCCCGGCACCAGGACAAAGCUUAGUUAACGCAGCCGGGAAAGAUGUUGAACUUAGCAGCUAUACAAAGUUUUAUGGAUUUUCUUGGAGCAGUAUUAAUGUCUGUACAUUCUGUCAUAUGUAAAAUUAAAUUUUGAAAACUAUUCUAACCCUAUAAUGUUAGUUUUAAAAACUA